AUGGACGGAGUAGGCUCCUUUGGUGCGGGUAGAGCAGGGGCUGCUUUCGACCCCAUCGCUUUCGUCCAGCAGCCGACGACAAUCAUUAGAAUACUGGCAUGGAUCUUCUCCAUAGUGGUGUUUGGCUCCAUCGUGAACGAAGGCUACGUCAACCACGGCAGCGAGCGGCUCUACUGCGUCUACAACAAGAACAACAGCGCCUGCAACUUCGGGGUCACCGUGGGCCUGGUGGCCUUCCUGGGCUGCCUCUUGUUCUGCGCCGUGGACAUGAAGUUCCAGCAGAUCAGCAGCAUCAAGGACAGGAAGAAGGCGGUCAUGGUCGAGAUCGGCUUUUCGGGUUUCUGGACGUUCAUGUGGUUUGUCAGCUUCUGCUUCUUGGCUAACCAGUGGAGUCGCACCACCCCCGACGAGCUGCCCCUUAACCAGGGUGCAGACGCCGCCCGAGCUGCUAUUGCCUUCUCCUUCUUCUCCAUCUUCACCUGGGCUGGUCUGACGGUGAGGGCUGUGCAGAAGUUCCUGCUGGGCACGGACAUGAGCCUUUUCACCACGGAACACUUGGAUGGCAACGCCACCGUCCAGCCGUUUCCCACCACCACCACCACCGAAGCCGACAACACCGACACCUACCAGAGCCCCCCCUUCACCGAGAACUUGGACUCAACCGCCCCCUACCAAGUGCCCAUCUACUAGACCAGGGGCUCACUGAUGCCAGAGUUCCAGAGUUCAACAGGUCCUAACCAAAUGUGUCUGUCACUGGGGGGGAGGCUGGGUGA